UGCACUCUAUUUGAUCUCUUCUUUCCAAAUCAUCAUCGUCCUCAUUAUUCUGCACAAAAGAAUAUGGAUAGUAAGGUGGUGAACGUUCAAGAACAACUCGCCAAAGAUAUGGGAAAGCUUGCAGUUAGUGAUGCAAGAGUUUGGGAAGAGGAGGAAUUUCCUGCAGGUCUACUUCGUGAGUGCAUACCAAAACACGUUGCGUUUAUCAUGGAUGGUAACCGAAGGUGGGCAAAAGAGAAAGUCCUGGAACCUAUGUUAGGUCAUAAUGCGGCAUCUCAUUCUCUAACGCUUCUCGCUGAGUUAUGUUGCAAAUGGGGUAUUAAGGUCAUGACAGUAUUUGCAUUCUCUACUGGGAAUUGGGUUCGACCUCAAGUCGAGGUUGAUUUUUUGAUGAACAUGUUUGGAAUAGUUCUUUCGCGAGACCUGGAGGCUUUCAUCAGAAAUGAAGUUCGAGUAUCUGCAAUAGGGGACACCACAAAGCUACCAAUUGGACUACAAGAUGUGAUAACUAAGGCAACAGAAGCCACAAAGAACUUUACAAAACUUCAUGUGAUUUUGGCGAUUAACUAUGGUGGAAGAGAAGAAAUUAUAAAAGCAUGACAAAGUAUUUGUCGCAAAGUAAAUGAUAAUCUCAUUGACCCAGAAGACAUCAAUCAGAACCUUUUCAAUCAAGAACUUGAAACAAAGUGUACGGAAUUCCCUUACCCUGAUCUACUAAUCAGAACUAGUGGUGAACAGAGGAUCAGUAACUUCUUAAUGUGGCAAUUAGCUUACACUGAACUUUACUUUGAGGAAUGUCUCUGGCCUGAUUUUGGCGAGAAAGAAUUUCUUAAGGCAUUACGCUCGUUCCAAGGAAGAGAGAGACGAUACGGAGGACAAGGUGUAGAUGAAAGUCUUAAUCAGUCUAAUUAACUAAUAAUGUACGAAAUGCAUUUAUGGGAGACCGUCUGCUUGUUUUAGCUAUUCUCAAUGCGUUGCUGCCUAGUGUUCGAUAAAGGAUGACUUAUAUCUUUCAUUCCUUAUUUGGCGUGCAUGUACUUCUAUGGUUGCUAGUUUACGAAAUUCUACGUAAUCUUUAUGUUUGCUUUGUCUAAAUCUAUACACU